GUUAUAGGGGUCGUUGUUGCUGAUACAAAAGAAAAUGCAAAACUCGCAGCUAGAAAGGUUCAUGUUGAGUAUGAAGAGCUACCUGCAAUCUUAUCAAUUCAAGAUGCUCUCAAGUCUAACAGCUUUCAUCCUAAUACAGAAAAGACUUUGACAAAGGGGGAUGUUGAACUCUGUUUCCGAUCAGGUGAAUGUGACAAUAUUAUAUUGGGGGAGGUUCAGGUAGGAGGUCAGGAGCACUUCUACUUGGAGCCACAUAGCAGUUUGGUAUGGACAAUGGAUGGGGGCAAUGAAGUCCAUAUGAUUUCAUCCACUCAA